AUGCUUUUCAACCUUCUACCAUUGCUUGGUCUGAUUGUACCCCGCCACCGAGGCGGCAAGUACAUUCGAUCCGCCAUAUUUGCCCUCAACCUCGGUAUCGCCUUUCAGGUUCUUAAAAACCACCGCGCUCACCUGGGUGGUAAUGGCUACAUGUUUGGACUUAUUGCCGCAUGGUCACUUAUAUGGAGUGCCGGAAUUUUAGUAUUCACCGAUAUCGAGAAGGAUUUCCAGCGUAUUGAGCGAAUGACUGCGGCCGAGAGUGAAUCAACAAAGUUGGCGAUUGGGACUCGGGGUCCAUCUGGAAAUGUCCAGCCCGAGCCUUAUGGAAAGGACGCGAAGGUGGGGAAGUUUCACUGGCAGCCCUAUCCUCAUAAACUAUCCCAUCGUCUUGGGUGGUGCGCAGGUUUGCUCUUCAACUUGCGAGGACCCGAGUGGAACUGGCGGGCUCCUCAUCUAGGGCCACUUCCUCGGUCCAUUCAUUCCCAACUACAUGCUGGAUUCGGCUCCAAUAAACAUAGGUUCCAGGCAGUGGAUGAUUCUAAAUAUCUCAGCGCGAACCGUCGUCUUAAGCGCGCUUUCCGCACGUUUCUAAUAUCCUACCUGCUUCUUGACUGUUUGAAAGCCGUCAUGAUGCGGGACCCCUACUUUCGAGGAUCGACCAUUACCGACUCGCCACCGUUCCCGUUCUCCUAUUUUGAGCCAUUUCCCAUUCUUAUUCGUUUUUACCAUGUUUUUAUCAGCGCUAUGGGCGUUUACGUUGCCUUGAACUUUGUUACCUCAUUGAGCCCCAUCAUUUUCCUCGGGCUGUCUCGGGCUCUCCCCAACGCAUCCAGGAAAUUUAUGACAGUUCCGCUUGAUGCAUCUUGGCUCUAUGCAGACUCCUUUGGGCCUUUUCUUGAACCUCUUCUAGAUCAUGGACUUGCUGGCUGCUGGGGACGUUGGUGGCACCAACUCUUCCGCCAUGGUUUCACUAUGGCCGCUGGAUGGAUUUUGUCACUUCUUCCAAUCAAACUGGCACAAAAUGUGCAGUUGAAACGGAUGAUUCAUGUCGUGGUUGCGUUCUCGCUCAGUGGGUUCAUUCAUGCAUGUGGCAGCUAUACCCAGUUUACUGCUACCCGUCCCUUCUCCGGGCCAUUUCUGUUCUUUUUCAUGCAAAGCAUCGGAGUGAUCGGUGAAUAUAUUUUCAAGACAGCGGUUUUCCCUAAACUCCGGCUUCCUAAACUCCUGAAAGGUUUUCGGAGGGCUGGGAACGCAAUAUUUGUUAUAUCUUGGCUACUGUUUUCAGGGCCCCACAUAGCAGAUGACUUUGCCAGGGGUGGGCUGUGGUUAGUAGAGCCCAUUCCCUUCAGUCCACUCCGUGGAUUGGGACUUGCCGAAGUUUCGGGCUGGUGGUGCUGGGAAGGGGUGUGGUUUCAUCACUGGAGCGAUGGUACAUAUUGGGGCAGUGGAAUACGAGUGGUAUAG